AUGCGCUAUUUAGAUAUCGGAACUGUACAACUGCCCGAAAAGGCUGCCAACGUACAAAUUUCACGAGAUUUUGACUACUGACAUACUGUGACAGGAAUCAGCCUAUUAGUAAUUUCCGGAAAAACUUUUGCUUCCCUUAUACUCAGUAGUCUUAUGGCAAUUCGAGACAGAAGAAUGUCUAAUCAUGCUGAACUCAGACCGGGACCAGACUGUGUUGGCCAGAUAUUCACGUUAAGAGUCGAAAGAGACAUUUGUUUUAACAGCGUAUCGGCACGAUCUAUGGCAUCGAAAACCAGUGCGCCAAUGGGAAACGCCUCCUUCGUUAUGCCGAAGAGCAUGAACUCUUUGUCACUCAUACUUGCUUCCAGCAUCGCAGAAAAUAUUCAGUUACGUAGAACUCCUCGUAAUACUUCAUCCAAAUUGAUUAUAACUUGGUCAGUCGCCGUUGGAAAAAUUCGUAUUAGAUAA